ACAUGAAGAAAACACGGCCAGCCUCCGUUUGAUGUAGCGGAGUCUGCCGCAGAUUGAGAUUGGUGUUGGUCGGCGUGCUGCUCCUGUGUUCUAUAUGCUCACACAUCCAUUGUAUGGCGGAGUUGCGACGAUCAAAGGAGGUGACAAAGUUAAACGUUUCGUUGAGGCUAAUCUCGUUCAUGCUGGGGAAACCGUAUUUCAUAAUGCUGCCCAGCUUAUGCGAGCUGACAUCGCCGGAGUCCUCAUAAACUUCUGCAUUUUCAUUCACACGGAAGAUGUUCAGCUAAGCGCUGCGCCGCCUGCAGACAACAAUGAGAGCUUCGACGACAUUGGGCCUACGGAAUCGCCCAAUGCGCCGCAUUGUCACAAGCUGACCAAAUCGAAUAAAUAUAUGGACACUGGGUUUUGGAAAAAGUUCUUCAAGCACUGGAUUCCGUUCACAAGCAGCGCACGUGUUAAAAUGCAAUUCUAUUUGUUUAAACGGGACUUUCCGGACUGUGGUCGCGAAUUGUUUCCGGGGGACGAUGCGACGCUGGAGCGUUCCGGCUUUGAUGCACGUCAUCCCACAAGAAUUAUUAUACACGGCUGGAUGAGUCAGGGCAAGGGUUCAUUGAAUCGCGAUGUGAAGAGCGCAUAUUUGAGUCUAACCAAGCCCAAGGAGCAGCUGAAUCAGGACAGCAAUGAAGUCAACGUUGUGGAGCUGCCGCACUAUGAGGACUUUAAUAUAAUUGUGUGCGAUUGGAGCAAAAUAUCAUCGAAUGUUAACUACUUUGGCGUUGCUGACAUGGUCGAGCAUUUGGGCACGCUGCUGGCGGAGUUUGUGAAUCAUUUGCACAUGCGUGCGAAUUUGCAAUACGAUGAUGUUUAUCUCAUUGGACACUCGCUGGGCGCACAAAUUGCAGGCAGCGCCGGCAAGCAGAUACGUCCGUAUCGCUUUAAUACUAUAUACGCGUUGGAUCCAGCUGGUCCCAAGUUUCGCGAGCAGAGCGAUGAGUAUCGCAUUGAUGCCAGCGAUGCGCGCUACGUGGAGUCCAUACAAACCAGCACGGGCUUGGGCUUCGAACAGCCUGUGGGGCAUGCUACCUUCUAUCCCAACUUUGGACGCGAUCAGAAGAAGUGCUAUAUGUAUGGCUGCAGUCAUAAGCGCGCGCAUGAUUAUUUUGCUGAAACUAUCAAUAGCACCAGAGGCUUCUGGGGCAUACGCUGCGAACGCAUGUCCAAGCACAAUUGGAUACUGCUGGACAACGAUGGAGAGUUUCGCAUGGGCGGCGAGCCCUCGAAUCCCAAGAAUGGCACCUUCUAUGUUAAGACCUACGACAAGCCGCCGUAUGCAAUGGGACCACGCGAACGUCUAACCGAGCCGCCAGCUAUGGAGCCAGAGCGCACUACUGAGGUCUAUCACUAAAGCGCAUGGGAAUCUCAACGCCAACGCCAACGCACACAUAAACUGAAUUAAGGACUCGACAAAUUGCUCUUCAGGCAGCCAGGCGAACAACAGCAGCAAGCAGCGUCGUAACAUCUGAGCUGGACAUCUUGUAAUAAUGCCCCAUUAGCUUGUGUGGCGGACUUAAUUAGCCCACGCAGCUUAUAAAUUAUUUUACCUAAUAUAAGCAUAAAUUGUAAAUAUAUAAAAAACAGUCUAUGUCUUGCAUUGCCAAAAGUUCUCUGCGCUUUGCAUAAUCGAAUCGUCUUGAGAGCUGUUAUGCAUUUAUUUAGCACGACUUGACGCUUUGCUAAGCGUAUAAAUUUAUACAAUUGUUGUGUGCUUGCCAAAGGUAAAUCAUUUUGCAUAAAUUUCUCCACACACACAUGCCAAAUUGUUGGCAACUUAGAUUCAAGUUUAUGCAGAUGGCUUGUGGUUAACACAAAGCCUUUCAAAAUGUCACAAGUAAUAAGCUUAAGAAAAAUGUCGCAUUAUUUUAAAUUAGACUUGCUUUCGAACAAUUUAUUUAGGCAAUGAUCCCAGAUCAAUAAAUGCAAAGAACUAAAUUCAUUUCGAAUGCACAAAU